GCGGGAGCGGGAGCGCGGCGCAAACCCGGGGCCGGCCCAGCGAGCGAGCGAGCGAGCGAGCGAGCCGGGAAGGAGGAGGGCAGCGGGAGGCGAGGCUACCGAGGCGGAGGGAUCUGCGCAUCAAAGCGAGCGAGGCGAGCAAAGUUUGGCUGGGAGUUGGACUCUCCUUCCUGGAGGUGGCACCCAAACAGCCACCCCGUGCGGAAACCCAAACUUUCUUCUGCCACUCCGAGCCCCGCGGCCGCCGUCUCCGCCCCGCGUCCGGGGCCCUCCCGAUCCCGCGCCUCUGCUGCCUGCCCGCCCGCCGCCCCUCCGCCCUUCUCCCCGCCUUGGGAGCCGCCCGGGGCGCAGGGCCGCGCGCCGAGCCCCGCCGGCUGCAGCGCCGCGGCCCGGCCGGGAGCACCGGCAAGUUCGCCGAGAGUUGAGGCGAAGUUUGGGCGGCCGCUGCCUUCCCCGGCCGAGCACCCCGCUGCGCCCCCGGCGUCCCGCCGCACCCAGCCCCGCCGGGGGCGCUCCUCGCCGCCCGCGCGCCCUCCCCAGCCAUGUCGUCCAUCCUGCCCUUCACCCCCCCGAUCGUGAAGCGCCUGCUGGGCUGGAAGAAGGGCGAGCAGAACGGGCAGGAGGAGAAGUGGUGCGAGAAGGCGGUCAAGAGUUUGGUCAAGAAGCUCAAGAAGACGGGGCAGCUGGACGAGCUGGAGAAGGCCAUCACCACGCAGAACGUCAACACCAAGUGCAUCACCAUCCCCAGGUCCCUGGAUGGCCGGCUGCAGGUGUCUCACCGGAAGGGGCUCCCCCAUGUCAUCUACUGCCGUCUGUGGCGAUGGCCCGACCUACAUAGCCACCAUGAGCUGCGGGCCAUGGAGCUGUGUGAGUUCGCCUUCAACAUGAAGAAGGACGAGGUCUGCGUGAAUCCCUACCACUAUCAGAGGGUGGAGACCCCAGUUCUACCUCCUGUGUUGGUGCCACGCCACACAGAGAUCCCGGCCGAGUUCCCCCCGCUGGACGACUACAGCCAUUCCAUCCCCGAAAACACUAACUUCCCCGCCGGCAUCGAGCCCCAGAGCAAUAUUCCAGAAACCCCACCCCCAGGCUACUUGAGUGAAGAUGGAGAGACCAGUGACCACCAGAUGAACCACAGCAUGGACGCAGGUUCUCCAAACCUAUCCCCGAAUCCGAUGUCCCCAGCACACAAUAACUUGGACCUGCAGCCCGUCACCUACUGCGAGCCGGCCUUCUGGUGUUCCAUCUCCUACUACGAGCUCAACCAGCGUGUCGGGGAGACAUUCCACGCCUCACAGCCGUCCAUGACAGUGGAUGGCUUCACCGAUCCCUCCAACUCAGAGCGCUUCUGCCUGGGACUGCUCUCAAAUGUCAACAGGAACGCGGCCGUGGAGCUGACGCGGAGGCAUAUCGGGCGAGGCGUGCGGCUGUACUACAUCGGAGGCGAGGUCUUCGCAGAGUGCCUCAGCGACAGUGCCAUCUUUGUCCAGUCUCCCAACUGUAACCAGCGCUACGGCUGGCACCCAGCCACCGUCUGCAAGAUCCCACCAGGAUGCAACCUGAAGAUCUUCAACAACCAGGAGUUUGCCGCCCUCCUGGCUCAAUCUGUCAACCAGGGCUUCGAGGCCGUGUACCAGCUGACCCGGAUGUGCACCAUCCGCAUGAGCUUCGUCAAGGGCUGGGGAGCCGAGUACAGGUCGGGGCUGGGGCGCUUGUCCCUGGGAUGCGGGGACUGCAGGUGGCUCAGAACGCAGAGCAAGGGCUCCCCAGAGAUGAGCGAGGCUGGCCCUUGCCCCGAAGAGCAGAGGGACCAGGGAUCCGAGCGGGGCCAAGUCCCACUAGACAGGGAAGAGCUGAGCAGUGCUCGCCCAGUUUCUCAGGAGCUGGGAGCGUUCCAUCCUCGCCACAACCCUGGGUGGGGACGCUGGCAUUGUCCCUGUUGUACGGAUGAGGGAACAAAGGCCCAGGGAGGGAAAGCGACUAGCCUGAAGUUGCAUCAUUUGUGGAAAAGCUGAGCCUAGAACUGUGUCCUCUUGGCGUCUUCCUCCUUGUUCGUUCUGGGCAGAUGGUUUUAGGAAGACCCUCUCCGGGGAGUUAAGUCUUCAUCUCACUGUUCCUUCUCUCCUCUGUGGCUCCAUCUCUGACCCGGUGACCCUGAGGAUCUAGGAUAUUAAAACUGAGAAGCAGGGAAGGGAGGAGGAGAUUUGGGUGGUCAAAGGAACAAAAUUUACUUGCUCAGAAAUGAUUUUUUCAGAAUUUCUGAGAUACUGGUUUUAACAUGGCACUGGUCAGGGGUGUCCCUGGUUUGCUCUGUCGAAUCUCUCGGGCCACUCUGGCGUGGGCUUAGAGAAGCCCGUUCCUUUUCCUUCCACACCUGGACAGGAGUUUCCCCUAGAGGCAGGUCUGUGUGCCCAGCCCCGACUCCGCGGCAGACACAGAGGUGCCCGCACGUCAGCUGGAGCCAGUGCCUUGCAAGUUACUCUCCCCUUCUCUUCAUUUUUCCAGAUGUUUGGAAUCCAUUUUGUUUUGCAGUCAUUCUGCACCCAGGCCAAACCCAUUUCAGUAUUGGCUCUGGGCCACCAUUUAUAAUGAAAUCCAGAUGAGCAUGACUUAUGGAAAGUCAGAUUCUCAUUAGAGGAUUUCGGUCCAUAAAAUCCUCCUCUUUCAUUUACCGUACUUUAGCUGCUGUUCUCCGUGUCUGCCCCACAGUGCCAGGGAACACAGCACCUUGGUCUCUGGCGUCUCUCUCAAAUCCGGGAUGAAUGACCCGUUGAGCUAUCCGAGUGGUCAGCCGCCGGAGAACUCACAACCCGGUUAUAAUGGCCUGAGAUUAGCCCAGGCCCAAAGGCCCAGCCCGAGGGACGUUUUAGCUCACCUUUUGGUCUUGGCUGAAUCAUUUAGGGAGCAAGAGUUGAAAGGUUAGAAAAUUAAUCUUCUUUUUAGUUGGGGAAGGGAAAUAUUUAAAGAUGGACCCGGUGGAAAAGAGCCAGCGGGAGGUCCAUUUAUCCCUGUUAGCACUCGGACUGCAGUCUAGAGGGCCACCCUCAGGCACCCAGGUCAGGCAGGCACGCCAGGGCCGAGUCUGCAAGCCCGUUUCUAAUCCUCCACUCGGGAGAAGCGCAGGCCAAGCAAGCAGGGUGGUGACCUCGGGCCAGCGGCUCUUGACCUGGCGCAGCACUGCAGUCCUCCAGGUUCAAGUGCUUGGGAAGAGGCCCCCGCUGGCAGAAGCCUUUCCCUGGGGGCACUGUGUCACCGUGCAGGACAUACCGCCAGCACACCCAGUCCUGUGCAGCCCACCACGUCACUGCCACCUGGCAGCGCCGCAGAGCAACCUAACUGGCGGUGCGGCCCCUUCCCAGAACAGCCUCGCCCUCCUCCUGCCUCCGGGGCCAAGGAGAGUAAGGUUUCACCCCUUCCUGUGAGGUGGCUGGAAGCAGAGCCCAGGCCUCUCACCUCCAGCUGGCACCAGCGCCUCCGGCCUCAGCAGAUAGCCUUUGCUCGGUGGAGGCCUUUGGGAGCCUGCCUGCAAGCUGCGUCAUCAACCAGCCCGAAUUUAGACAAAGUGCUUUGGGGAAAAGAAACGUGUGGUGUGCCUUGGUUUUUUCCAGUAAUUGUUCCACGGCUCGCUCUGCUCGUAAGAUUUUCCAAAAUAAGGCCAUAGAUGGGAAUUGUAUCAGCACGUUGGGGACCGACAGCAUGUGGACUCUGUCGGCGCCCUGUAAGAAACACCCCUCAAUCAGGCAGACGCAUGUCAUCGCGGCCUGCUGGGGGUAGGUCGGGGCUGAAGGCAGGGGAGCUGUAGGUGCCCUCUCAGGACAGGGGGACCAGAGAGACCUUUGCUCUGGCUGAGGUUCUCCAUCAGCAGCCCAUCAAGGCAACCGGGGGGCCUCUGGGGUACCCUGGAAUUUGCCUUACAUGUUUCUCUUUAAGGGGGCCACGUCCUUCCCUGGUGCAGGAGAACCUGAUUUACUCAAAGCCCUUCCUGCUUGGAGUUUGGCCCGGCAGUUUCAGCAAGUUAGUGGCACCUCCUCCAGGACAGGGUCUAGCAAGGCAGUCCGUAUCUCUGGCUCUGGGAAGAAGCCUGUCACCAAAGCGGGAAAAGGCAUUCUGACGUGUGUGUGUGUGCUUCUGGACAUUCUUAACAUCCCCCAACCCACCCCUUU